AUGGUUUUCCAAAUUGUUCGAAGGCGCCUCGGCGACCCGCGACUCCCAAACACAACCAUCCGACUUCCUCCCCGUCGCACCCUCAUCCCCGCCCCGGCUGCCAAUUCCGGCCCUAUAACAGAACGUCGAGCAGAUCGUGAACUCCCCUCCAUAAAUCCUGAAGGCCGACGAUGGAUCCGAACUUUGCCGAUUUUCGCAGUGGUCGUAGGCGCCGCCAUGCUCGGCAUCUUCAACUAUCAAAAGUCUUCUUCAAGUGUUGUGAGUAGCACGUUGUAUGCUCUUAGGACCUCACCUCGUGCGCGAGAAAUAUUGGGCGAUCAGAUCUACUUUGCGCAGAAGAUUCCAUGGAUUAGCGGGGAGAUGAAUCAGCUACAUGGUCGGAUUGAUAUAUCUUUUUGGGUGAAAGGGACGAAGUCACAGGGGAAGAUGAGGUUCAAGAGCAUUCGUCCGGACCGUAUGAGUUUUUUCCGCACUGAAGAAUGGAGCUUGGAGACAGAAGACGGGAAUGUGAUCCAGCUCCUGGAGAAUAACCACGACCCAUUCCGUCAGGAAUGA